AGACACUCUGCGAAAAAGUUUUAGCGUGAAGACGACCAACCUGCUGAAUGGAAAUGAUCCUCUCUAUGAGAUGACACGAGCCUAUGUUGGUGGAUAAGGCAUGAACAUGGUGUCCCCCUGGACCAGCAGGGACACACUGGAGAGGAAUGUGCCUUUAAUACGCCUGGAGGACGACGCUGACCUCAGGGAAAUUUAUGAAUUUGGAAAGAAAUUGGGUCAAGGUAGCUUCGGAGUUGUCUAUGAAGCCACACACAUUGAGACACAGACAAAAUGGGCUAUUAAAGAGGUUUGCAGACCAGCGGCAGGAAGCUCAACAGCCAAGAUGCUGGGGCACGAAAUAAACAUUCUUAAACAAGUCAAUCAUCUGCACAUAAUACAUCUACAGGAAGUCUACCACACAGCUAAGAUGACUUAUUUUGUGACUGAGCUGUGCGUUGGAGGUGACCUGAAGCAGCUGUUGCAGCGGAAAAAGUUCCUUACAGAGGACGAGACGAGGCAUAUCAUCUGUAGCUUAGCUGACGCCGUCGUCUACCUUCACAGAAGAGACAUAGUGCACCGAGACUUGAAACUUGAGAACAUUCUUGUGAAGAAUUAUCUUGAUGAGGAUGAUGACGGCAGGAUUAAUAUCAAGGUGACAGACUUUGGAUUAGCAGUGAAGACAGGAGGCGUAGGGAUUGAGAACAUAAUUAGGGAGGCCUGUGGGACUCUCGUCUAUAUGGCACCUGAAGUGAUGAGCGGCCGAGGUUACAGCCAGUGGUGUGAUGUGUGGAGCAUAGGAGUCGUUAUGUAUAUGUUGCUGUGUGGGGAGCCCCCGUUUGUAUGUAAGACGAAGUCCAAACUUCUUAAGGAGAUCAUGAACAAAGAAGCCAAAUUUACUCAACCCAUCUGGGCCACAGUCAGUGAUGCAGCAAAAAAUCUUUUGACCUGCCUUCUGAAGGCGGACCCUGCUUACCGCAUGUCUGCUAAUCAGCUGCUGGAAAACCCCUGGAUCACAGGAGACACUAAUGUGCCUGCUAUGCCGUCAAACGUGCUGGAGAUGAUGCGCAACCACCUGGAACAGAAAGAGAGAGCACAGACUCUGGGGGACUUGUCCCUGUCCUCCUCUGAAGGCACACUGGACUCCCCGGUCCUCCCGGUGGAUUCAACAGUUACAGACAACGGGAGUCACACUGAGACAGACAGCUGCUCGUGCCCCCCUUCCAACUCCACCCAG